GAUUCUGUGACAUUUGAGGAUGUUGCCGUGAUGUUCACCCAGGAAGAAUGGGCUUUGCUGAAUCAUUCUCAGAAGAUUCUCUACAGAGAUGUAAUGCUGGAAACCUGCAGGAACUUCAUUUUUAUAGGAAACAGUUAUGAAGAUGAGAAUAAUAAAGACCAUUGUAAAAGUUGUGGAAAAAAUUUAAGAAUUUCCUUGUUCAAGACAUUCUGUGAGCAUAAAGAUCUUCAGGAUGGAGAAAAUUUCAUGUGGAUAGCAAAUGAUGAUAUGAACAUGAAAAUUUCUGCUGACCUAACACCAUGUCAUAGCAAUGUGUGUGGAAAGGUGUCCAUGUGUCAUUCGUCCUUUAAUAACCAUCCCACCUCUCACUCUCAAUACAAAUCAUUAAAAGUCAUCUUCAUAGGCAUGAAAAAAUUCAUACUGGAGAAAAACCAUAUGAAUGUAAAGAAUGUGGUAAAGCCUUUAUAUGUAAGAGAGAUCUUCAUGUACAUGAAAAAAUUCAUACUGGAGAAAAACCAUAUGACUGUAAACAAUGUGGUAAAGCCUUUAGAUGUAAAAGUGAUCUUCAACGUCAUGAAACAAUGCAUACUGGAGAGAAACCCUAUGCAUGUGAACAAUGUGGUAAAACCUUUAGAAAUAACAGUAAUCUUAAAAGUCAUGAAAAUACUCAUACUGGAGAAAAACCAUAUGAAUGUAAACAAUGUGGUAAAACCUUUAGACGUAACAGUCAUCUUCAACGUACAUGAAAAAAUUNNNGAGAGAAACCGUAUGAAUGUAAACAAUGUGAUAAAGCCUUUAGAAGUCACAGUUAUCUUCAGUUACAUGAAAGAAGACAUACUGGAGAAAAACCUUAUGAAUGUAAACAAUGUGGUAAAGCUUUUAGACGUCACAGUUAUCUUCAGUUACAUGAAAAAAUUCAUACUGGAGAAAAACCCUAUGAAUGUAAGCAAUGUGGUAAAGCGUUUAGAUGGCACAGUUACCUUCACUUCCAUGAAAGAAUUCAUACUGGAGAAAAGCCAUAUGAGUGUAAGCAAUGUGGUAAACCUUUUAGAUGUCACAGGCAUAAUAGUCAUCUUAAAAAUCAUGAAAAAACGCAUACUGGAGAAAAACCCUAUGCAUGUAAAGAAUGCGAUAAAACCUUUAGAUGGUAUAAAAGCCUUCAAGUACAUGAAAAAUUCAUACUAG